UCCCGUCCUAGUGGGUGGCGAACAGCGUGCAGCGGGAAUGUCAACAACAUCGGUCAGUGGGUCAGCCCGUCAAUGGAGAUACUCAAGCUCGUAACGGAACCUCACACUUCAGGACUAACAUUGGCCAUAAUUCAUUUCUGCGGCGUGCCACCAGGAUUUAUCCAUCCCUGCUCUUCCAGUUCACAGGCGUCUCGUCUCUGUGCCAGGGAACCCAAUGAACUAUGAUCACCACAGAGGCUGCAAGGGAGUUCCAGGCCAAGGAGCGCAAACACAAAGAGCAGCUGAGGAGAUGUUUAUCAUCUGCUUUAUCUGCAGACCUUGACAGGUUGCUGCAGGAGGAGCUGGAGGCAGAUGUCUGUCUGUAUGCCGCGUCUGGCUCGCUCCAAGCUCACAGAGCCGUACUGUUGGCCAGAGCUCCUCAUGUCCUUCGUGGGCAGACGCACAAAGAUCCCUCCAUCGUUCAUCUGUCCGGCUAUGAGCUGUCCGGGUUGAAAGAUUUCCUCAGGCGACUGUACACAGCGGACCAGAGCCUGCGCUCGUCUGAAAUAAUCCCAGACUUGAAGCACUCGGUACCGCAAAGUGAUUCGCCUGUUCCAGACCCGGCAGACCUCCAUAGUUCCUCUGACUCAGAUGCUGCUCUUGAGCCGGCCUCGGGCCUCGGAGCGGACUUGCUGGAUCUGUACCAGAGGGGGGAGCAGUGUGACAUCACCAUCCAAGUAGCGGAGCAGGUCUUCUCCUGCCACAGGGCAAUCCUGUGUGCGCGGUCCCAGUACUUCCGAGCCAUGCUGAGCGGGAGUUGGAUGGAGAGCUCCAGACAGUGCAUCACUCUGCAAGGUUUAGGGCCAGAUGAGAUGGAGAUCCUGCUCCAGUUCAUGUAUGGAGCCAUUGUGGAUCUGCCUCCUGGAGCCAGUGCCAGUCAGGUGGUGUUGGCGGCAGACAUGUUGGGUUUAGAGGGACUGAAAGAUGUGGUGGAGAUGGUUCUGACCCGAGACUACUGCCGCUUCUUCCCCAAGCCAAUUGACGGGGUUCAGAAAACGGUUCUCGAGUGUCUGUCGCUCACGCACACCUUAGGCCUUCAAAACCUCCACAUGCUGUGUAAGAGGUGGGUGGCUGAUCACUAUGUGAAGACCUGGUGCGAGAGGAACUUUUCCCUCUUGUCCCCGGAGCUCCACGUAGCCUGUCUAACGGCCAUAACUGAAACCAUGACGGUGCAGAGCGCGGUGACCAUGCUCUCUGGCACCGAGCAGUUGCUCGGCAGCCUCCCAGAAGUCAAGUGGGCCCAGCAGGUGAGGAGUCUCGCCACAGAGCUACAGGAGGAGAGCCUGCAUGUCAUUGUCCAGCAUCUCCCCGGAGUCAUCGGCACUCAGGCCUUCCAGGACCUGUGCAGGAGGGAAGAGUUUACCCGCGAGCCCACGUUGUUGAAGAAGCUGUGUUCGGCCAUCCGGGAAGGUGUGACUGUUGACAACUGCUGUGAGCUUUUCGCCGCGGUGCACCUACUGUGUGGCGAUGACAUGGAGGAGGAAGGGUGUCAAAAACCAGAGGAGCCGUUCAGGCAACAGAUUUGUACGCUGCGCAGUCGGCUGUGGACCUUCCUGCUUCAGACCUUUUACGCCGUCCGCCACACGCAGGGAUGGGAGACCCUGUCCUCCAAACACAGAGAGAGGAUACUGGCAGAUGCCAUUGAUAAAGGAGACAAUCGAAGACUUGGCAAAAAGCCUGUAUUUACUAGCGCACAGUCCAGGGCUGUAAAAUGCCCUUCAACCGCACCUGAGAGUCCUCCUGUGCACAGGACACAGAGGGUGUCCGAAAACGCAACCUCUGUAUCCCGUAGUGCUGCGUCGGUCAUGAAGUCUGAUGGACUGGGGACAGCUACCAAACCGGUAGAGGGUCACACAUCCAAGGCGAAGAACGCGAAGAAGCCAGGAGACCGGAGUGUAGUAGCAAAAGCAAAGGCGGCGACAGCCGGUGCGCCGGUUGUCAACGGCACAGGAGCCGCAGGGGCCAGACGGGACGUAGCCAGCGCCAAUGGCUCCAGAAGCUCUCAUGGCGCCAGAGAGCAAGAAAAGAAGUCAAACCCCGGUGCGAGGCCUAAAACAUCUCCCCCGAGCUACACGUCUACAAGCCAGACUGGGGCAAUGAAGGCUCAAAGGAGCUCAGCGGGAAAGGCUGACGGCACGGUUGGGACCAGCAAAGCUCAGCCCAGCACCUCCUCCACAUCAGGCAGCGCCUCGCCAGAGAACGGUGCCAGCAGCCCUCGCAAUGACACCCACUCCAUCCCAGGUGCGAAGCCCAAACACCAGGCUAAGGCGGUGAACAAGUCGCCCCUGACAAAACCUCCUCAGAAAUCCGAUCCAGCAAAGAUCAGCAGUCCUACCAAUAAGUCAAGUGCGAGUGAAAGUGCCAAAGUCAAGACUGGUGCAGCGGAGAAAGCGUCCGCUGGAGGGACGGCAGCAAAGGCAGACGCCAAGGGGAGAGGCCCACCAGACCACCAUGUCUCGAAGCAUGGAUCCUCCGUGAAAAAGCCGUCCUCCCCCAGGAAAGAAGACGGCAAAGACGGGUUGAAAUCCUCAACACCGGACAAAGCAGCCAGUGAAGCUCAUAAAAAGAAGAUCACGAAACCCGCUUCGGCGACUGGCGCCUCAGCUAAAUCCAGUGCUAAACCACCAAAAACCUCUCAAGCCCCAUCCAAGCAAUCUUCAGUUGUAGCUGCCAAGUCUGGACCAAAGACGAAAAGCGCCAUCGAUUUAUCUGCGGAGAAAGCUUCUCCAAAAUCCGGAGGAACCUCCAGAACCUCAGCUUCGUCGGCCUCCAAGAAAUCAGGAACCAAAGGGAAAGAGGCAAUGAACGGUAAUAAUUCAGACUGUCAAACUGAGCCGGCGCCAUCUGAAAACGCUGGGGACGUCGCGACACAUGAAGGAAGUACGGAGAUAGCGCUCUCCGACCAGCCUGCAUCGCGCAGUGCACAUCCAACAAGCCAGAGUGGAGGGGAUUCACUCAGCCUUAAACCGGACGCAAGCCCCAAGCAGAGCCUCCGGAAGUCUGAAAUACAGUCACGAAACACUACGAGUUCACCAGCAGCUCACAAACCCCCCCAUGGCAAAUGUGCUAACGCGGUAACUUGCAAAAAGGCUGAAGGAAAUAAAGCGAGACAGUCUCCAAGCGGUGUCGUCCCAGCUCACAUCAGCGGGAUUCACGAAGUCGGCUCCCCAAAUUCUUCCAGAGACACCCCCUGCAGCAUGGGAGGCACCGACACUCCCGUAGAGGACUCCUCCUGGAGCGGCACCCACCAUCAGGUCAGCCCGGAGUCCGAGACCGGCAGCACACACACCACAUCCUCCGACGACAUCAAGCCCCGCUCGGAGGACUACGACGCAGGCGGCUCGCAGGACGACGACUGCUCCAACGACAGGGGCGUGUCCAAAUGUGGCACCAUGCGCUGUCAUGACUUCCUGGGCCGCAGCAGCAGCGACACGAGCACCCCAGAGGAGCUCAAGAUGUACGAGGGCGGGGCCGGCUUGAGGGUGGAGGUGCGGCUGCGCGGGCGGGAGGCGGAAACCACCAGCGAGGAGGAAGCAGUGAGGCAGCACCUUCGCUCCUGGUUGCAUCGAGACGAGGUUCCCGUCGAGGAGGAGCACUCGGAGGUCGAGGCCACCGUGACUGUGAAAAGCGUGCCCGACCCGCAGCUCUUUUCCUCUGAGGAGGAAGAGGAGGACGAAGAUGAGGAGGCAACGGAAGACGAAAGGUCUGAAGUCGAGGUGAUUCCGGGCCCGCCGCCAACCGAGCCCUCGCCGCUGUUCCAGGGGAUCGUCAACCUGGCUUUCGACGACGACACCAUGAACCAGGAGAACGACCAGCCCGACUACCAGUCGACGUCCAACUUCCGGCGCUCAGUGUUGCUCUCCGUCGACGAGUGCGAGGAGCUGGGCUCGGAGGAGGGCGGCGUCCAAACUCCACCCCAGCAGCCCGAAGACGGCGUGACCCCCUGUGACGUGUUUGAGUCCGACGGCACGGCGCCCCAGUCCAACUCCGCCCCUCCCGUCAGCAACCAACAGAACCGCCUGCCGCGGCGCCCAGAAAGUGCCGACGGUAAGCGCGAACAACGCGGAAACGAAAAAUCCCCCGUGUUCCUCACCGAGAUCCGGGAGCCCGCGCAGGAGGAGGGCAAUGGAGUGAAGUCCAGUGGCCCUCUCCUGGACGCUGACGCGAGGGACCUCCCUCCCCAGGAGCGCCCGUGCCACCUGGAUCUGCGGCACACUGAACAAUACAACGGAGGGCUGCGCAAAAAUCACACCAAUCCCUCAGAAAGCAAGAAAGCUGAUUUACAUCUAGACUUAAAUGAGCCUCAGCUGACAGGGGACUCUCCUGUAAAUGCUGCACAAUCUCCAGCAGGGGACAAUGGUUGUGACAGAUUGGAUCAAACCUGCAAACAUGACCGCCGGCCGUCCAAAGCCCUCUCUCCCAUUUACGAGACGGAUGUGGGAGAAGCGUUUGAGCGCUGCCCGGACAGGGACAGGGACGUUAGUGUGAAGGCCGAGGACGAGGAGCAAAGCGGGGCCGGCGACGAGAGCAAUGAGUUCGCCGAGCGGGACUGGAGCCUGCUCAGGCGGCUUCUCUCGGACCACGAGUCCAAUCUGGGCAUCAUAAACCCCGUGCCCGAGGAGCUCAACCUGGCCCAGUACCUGAUCAAGCAGACUCUGUCGCUGUCGCGCGACUGCCUAGACUCGCAGGGCUUCCUGUCCCCGGAGAAGGAGACCUUCAAACGCUGGGCGGAGCUCAUCUCGCCCAUGGAGGACUCCUCCACCAGCAUCACGGUGACCAGCUUCUCCCCAGAGGACGCUGCCUCUCCACAGGGGGAGUGGACCAUCGUGGAGCUGGAAACGCAUCACUGACUGCACACACACACAAACACAAACACACACACACACACACACACACACACACACACACACACACACACACACACACACACACACACACACACACACACACACACACACACACACACACACACACACACACACACACACACACACAGAGAGAGCGCCUGCCGGACAGUUCACACCUUCUCUCCAAUCUUUGAACGUCUUUACAUCAACUUUGUCUUAAUUCAUUAUAAUUUAUAAUGUUCGGUUUCUCUUUAUGACAUGUCUUAUUUAUUUUUCUUCCGGACUCUGCAGAAAUCUGGGCUUUGCAGCAGCUUAUAUGCAUUUCUCAUCAUGCCCUCGGUCGACUGUUUUUUUUUUGUGGUUUUUUUUACACAUGGGCUGUUAUGCAUGCUGAUAUUUUUCUAUGUCUGACUGUUUAAUUGAUGUUGCUUCGAAGCUCUAGAAAAGAAUAGAGUAAGAAAAAAAAAAAAAGCCACUUUCUCAUGGCAGUCUUCUGAGAAAAUGGUUGACUGAAGUUUCUUAAAGAAAAAAAAAUAUCGGCCUUCUGGCUUGCAUUUAGUGUCAUAUUGGAAAAUAAAGAUUUGUGUC